AUGAACAAUAUAACUGACCUCACUGGCGAGGAUGGGCCAGACCCCGAAGAGCAGCAAAUGCGUAUCGCACAAGUGCUGUCGACAAUAGAGAGCAUCUGCGCAACGGAUACGGACAAAGCCAACACGGCUGACGACAACCAAAGCGCAACGGACACUUUGGAUGAAGAUGACAUGUCGCAAUGGGCUGUGCUCGAGGGGCGUCCGCUGCUCAGAAAGUCAUCGCUCUCCAGCGAAGGCUCGCUUACUGAGAAUGGCAUCAUGCCCACGUCUAGAGGCAAGACAGGUACCCACGAGCCAGGCAACCGUACGCAUGCAGGAACUACAUUACUGCGCCCGGUGUCUGCGACUGAGGCAGAGCAGAUGCUCAAGGCCGUGGGGUGGGAUGUGGAACAAGCUGUCAUUGAGUUAACAGAAGCGCAGGAAGAGGUGGGUGAGAACAAGUGGACAGAUGAUGUGUAA